CCUGGGUUGGAUGUCAGUUAUUUGUCUGGAAUACAUUUGAACUCAUGAUUUCAUGUGUCAGUCUCCAGUGUAAAAAUCCAAGGAAAACAAGAUUACCUUCCUGUUUCAUGAAGAAGAUGAAAACAGCUGGGUUACUGUUGAGAACACCCGAGAGAACACCACACACCAAUGUGUAGAAUCAAUAAGAACGUAAUCUUGGCCCUGUUAACACUGACUAGUUCUGCAUUUCUGCUGUUUCAACUGUACUACUACAAGCACUGUUUGUCACCAAAGCUAAUUCUGUUUUUUCUUAUUAGACAUCAUUGUCGCUUUGUGUUUGAUGGCUGGUUUCAGAUAGCUGAGAAUGUGGGAUUUCAGUGCUUAAAGACUGAAAGCAAAGAUCCUCAGCUAGAUGGAAUCGACUCACUUUCUGGAACUGAAAUCCCUCUGCACUAUGUCUGUAAGCUGGCCACUCACGCCAUCCACUUGGUGUUCUUUCAUGAGAGGAGCGGCAACUACCUCUGGCAUGGUCAUCUGCGGCUCCAAGGACACAUGGACAGAAAGUUUGUUCCUUUUCGAAAGUUGCAGUUUGGUUGUUAUCCUGGAGCUUUUGAUAGGCCAGAGUUACAGCAAGUUACUGUAGAUGGACUAGAUGUGCUUAUUCCAAAAGACCCAGGACACUUUCUGGAAGAAAUACCACACUCCAGAUUUAUCGAGUGCAGGUAUAAAGAAGCUCGGGCAUUCCUUUAUCAUUACCUUGAGGAUAACACUGUGGAUGCUAUGGCCUUUUGGAAGAGGGCAAAGGAAUUACUGCAACUAGCUGCCAAAACAUUACAGGAAUUAGGAGUGCCCUUCUGGCUGAGCAGUGGAACUUGUCUAGGAUGUUAUCGGCAGUGCAGUAUUAUUCCUUAUAGCAAAGAUGUCGACCUAGGAAUUUUUAUACAAGAUUACAAACCUGAUAUUAUUUUGGCAUUUCAGAAUGCUGGACUUCCACUAAAACACAAGUUUGGGAAGGUGGAAGACAGCUUGGAACUCUCCUUCCAGGGAAAAGAUGACGUCAAACUUGACAUUUUUUUCUUCUAUGAAGAGACUGACCAUAUGUGGAAUGGAGGCACGCAGGCCAAAACAGGGAAAAGGUUUAAGUACCUGUUUCCCAAGUUCACACUGUGCUGGACCGAGUUUGUAGACAUGAAAGUCCAUGUGCCCUGUGAAACGGUUGACUACAUUGAAGCCAACUAUGGUAAGACCUGGACGAUUCCUGUCAAGACAUGGGACUGGAAGAGCUCACCCCCAAAUGUGCAGCCCAAUGGAGUCUGGCCUAUUUCUGAGUGGGAUGAGGUUAUCCAGCUGUACUGAGAAUACAAAGUUAUGGAGGGACAUUUCCCAAAAAGAAGGCGGGUAGCUGUUUAAAACAUGUGAGAGCCAAAGAAGACAAAUGAAAAGUUUGAAGACAGAAAUGUUCUAACUCGUGGGCUGUCUAAUCAGCUCUGCCAUUCAGCAUUUACUGAGGCGUUUCUACACCAGGUAAAACACUAGGUUCUGGUGGUCAGGCAGAGAUGAAUGAGCAAAUGCCUGCCUCCCCCUUGUCAUGUCCAAUUUUCUGUUAAGGGAGUCUCCCCCACCUUCUGAAGAGCUGAUGUACAUUGUGAUGUAUUCCAUGAUUCUUAAAACAUUAAAUAAUGUUUAUACUGGAAAGUGAGCUCAUCAGACAAAGCUAAGGAAGGGUACAUUCGUUAGGAAUAAUUCCUCCUGCCAGCCCUCAGGACUUAAGCUGCUAUGAUAGUGCCCCUUUUCAGAUGGUGG